GGGCGGGCGUCCCUUAAGCGGACGCUAGCUGCGUGGAAGAGUGGACUAGACCCUCGGGCGGGCUGAGAGGCAGCGCUGAAGUAUGUGCGGACGGACGUCCUGUCACUUGCCGAGAGACGUUCUCACCAGGGCCUGCGCCUAUCAGGAUCGGCAGGGCCGGCGGCGCCUCCCGCAGUGGAGGGACCCCGACAAGUACUGCCCGUCCUACAACAAGAGCCCGCAGUCCAGCAGCCCCGUGCUCCUCUCCAGACUGCACUUUGAGAAGGAUGCAGACUCAUCAGAUCGGAUAAUUAUUCCCAUGCGAUGGGGCUUAGUCCCAUCUUGGUUCAAAGAAAGUGAUCCUUCCAAGCUGCAGUUCAACACUACCAACUGUCGUAGUGAUACCAUAAUGGAGAAGCAGUCGUUCAAGGUUCCUCUGGGGAAAGGACGACGGUGUGUUGUUUUAGCAGAUGGAUUCUACGAGUGGCAGCGGUGUCAGGGAACAAACCAGAGGCAACCAUACUUCAUCUAUUUUCCUCAAAUCAAGACAGAGAAGUCAGGUGAGAACGAUGCUUCAGGCAGCCCUGACAACAAGGAAAAGGUCUGGGACAACUGGAGGCUGCUGACAAUGGCAGGGAUCUUUGACUGCUGGGAACCGCCAGGGCGAGAAUGCCUGUAUUCCUACAGCAUCAUCACUGUGGAUUCCUGCAGAGGUUUGAGUGACAUCCACAACAGGAUGCCUGCCAUACUAGAUGGAGAAGAAGCAGUCUCCAGAUGGCUUGACUUUGGUGAGGUCGCCACUCAGGAAGCCCUGAAGCUAAUCCACCCCAUAGAUAAUAUCACCUUCCACCCGGUGUCUCCAGUGGUGAACAAUUCCCGAAACAACACUCCUGAGUGUCUGGCUCCUGCUGACUUGCUGGUUAAGAAGGAACCCAAGGCAAGUGGCAGCAGUCAAAGGAUGAUGCAGUGGCUGGCUACAAAGUCCCCCAAAAAGGAAGUCCCUGACUCACCCAAAAAGGAUGCAUCAGGUCUACCCCAGUGGUCCAGCCAGUUUCUCCAGAAGAGCCCAUUGCCUGCUAAAAGAGGUGCCACCAGCAGCUUCCUGGAUCGAUGGCUGAAGCAGGAGAAGGAGGAUGAGCCCGUGGCCAAGAAGCCUCACAGCUAGUGACAGACUCCUCCAUACCAGGCCUCGGCCGGUACAGUAUUACUGUUGCCACCAGUUGACUGGAAUUGUAACCUUUUACUUGGGAAGGUGGUGGCCCAAUAUCAGCUGACCUUUAUGGGCCUAGGAGAACAAGGCUACCGUGGGACAGCCUAAGAUGGCUGCCUACCAAGGCCAGCCCUGUGGGCCCUGCUACCCCUCCUAUUUCUGCUGGGAACCUGCCUCCCUGCUGGGAGCUUUCCUGUUCCCUGGUGUUCCAUGAAGGAGGCGCUUCUCUGUCUCUGGGCUCUCCUUUAGAGUUAAGUUCUUAAAAUGUAUUUUGUCCUAAAUAAAC